AUGAGGGAAGAAUUGUCUAGAGCUGGGUUACAAGCUGAAAGAAUUUUUCGUCCACCAGAUUUUAUUUCUUCAAUUAAUUUGGAUAAUAUUGAGGCUGUUAAUAAUGUAAGUUAUAUAAAAGAGGAAGAAAAUAUUUUUGAUUAUCCUUCAAAUAAUUAUGAUAAUUACAAAACUUUAAAUAAAGGAAUGAAAAUUACCAAUACUGAAAUAAAUAAUAAAUUAGAUUGUAAUAGAAGAAGUGAUAAAAAUGUUGAUGAUGAUUAUUCGUCUUUACAUUCUUGUAAAUUUCCUAUUCAUCAAAAAUCAAGAAAAAGACAAAAUGAAAGUUCUGAUAGAAAUUAG